AGGAGGGUCCUUGAACGUACUUUUUAUUUAGAUUUUAAUUUGGGAAUUCAAUAAUGAUGUUGGGAAGUGGUGCAGAGCAAAUGGAGGUUUUAAGAAGCAAAGAGGGAGGGGAGGCAUUUAGAUGGGAAGAUAUACACAAAAUGAAGUACGUGGCAUGCGAAGUAACGAGGCUGUGUCCACCUGCUAAUGGAUCUUUUAGAGAGGCCAUCACUGACUUUACUUACGCUGGUUAUACUAUUCCAAAGGGAUGGAAGGCGUUUUGGAUGGUGCAUAUAACAAAUAAAAAUCCCAAAUACUUGCCGGAUCCAGAAUGAUUCGAUCCAUCAAGAUUUGAAGGAAAUGGUCCAGCGCCCUAGACGUUCGUACCAUUGGGGGAGGUCCUGAAAUGUGUCCAGGAAAAGAGUAUGCACAACACGAAAUCCUGACAUUCAUCCACAACCUUAUCACCAGUUUCAAAUGGGUCAAAAUCAAUCCCAAUGAGAAGAUUUACUACAUUCCAACUCCUAUUCCCGAGGAGGGUCUCGUCUCCCCAUCAACAUUCAACCGAUA